AUGGACCCCGCGCCAGCGCCCCCACUCGCCGUGCACCUCGUCACCGGCGGCGGGUCCUCGCCGGAGCUCGCCCUCCUACUCCGCUCCCUCGCCGCCGCCCGCGUCGUCGCCCUUGACGCAGAGUGGAAGCCGCGCCGCCGCGGUAGCCCUGCCGCUGCCGCCCCUGCGGCCCUGGGCGACGGCACGACGCUGGCGGCCAAGGCAUCUCCAGCGCCGCCGAAGUUCCCGACGGUGACGCUGCUUCAGGUGGCCUGCCGCGUCGGCGAUGGAGGCGAGGGCGAGCGCAGCGAGGUGUUUGUCGUCGACCUGCUCUCCGUGCUGCUCGCCGACCUGUGGGCGCCGCUGCGAGAGCUGUUCGAGCGGCCUGAUGCGCUGAAGCUGGGGUUCAGGUUUAAGCAGGACCUGGUGUACCUCUCCUCCACCUUCUCCGCCGCCCUCGGGUGCGACUCCGGAUUCGAUAGGGUAAGGGCGUGUUGA